UCUCUCUCUCUCUCUCUUUUUCUCUCUUCACUUGAUAAAUUAUUAUUUUAUUAAUAAUGGAGGCCAAUAUAUAUAAAAAUGGCACCGAACACCGAAACCAUAGGCCCAUGAAAGAAAAAAGGACGAUGAACAACAAGAACACGAUUAGUGCCGGAGAACAAGAAGAAAUCGAGCACGAUAUCAUGGGGGCCGACGGAGGCGGGAGGAAGAGGGCGGCCGCCGCCGCCAAGAGGGGCGGCGGGAGCUCGAUGAAGAACUGUCAGGUGGAGAGGUGCCACGUGGAUCUGAGCGAAGCCAAGACCUACCACCGGCGGCACAGGGUUUGUGAGCACCACGCCAAGGCUCAGGCGGUGGUCGUCGCCGGAAUCCGGCAGAGGUUCUGCCAGCAAUGUAGCAGGUUCCACGAGCUCUCAGAGUUUGACGAAGCCAAAAGAAGCUGUCGCAGGCGACUCGCCGGCCACAAUGAGAGGAGGAGAAAGAAUUUUUCCGAUAAUAGCAAUAUUUCUCAAGCAAAUGAAGGCUCGCCGGCCAGUUAUGGGCAAAUUGAUGAUCGGGGAAGAAUUCAGUUCACCGUCGUUCAAGAAAAUGCUAAGUACUAAUAAAACACGAUUAUAAUUAUGCAAUAAUACGCAAGCUAGCUCCCUCUCUUCUGUCAAACCUACUACAUUGGCAAUAUUAAUAUAAUGUUAUUAUGCUAAGUAAAAUUUAGUGGCAAAUUUAUAUCUAAUUGUUGAGGACCAUAUAUAUGGUUGUGCCACAUUGUGUGAUUCCAAUUUGCUGUAUGAGUAACCUAUUGAAUUGAGUGAACUUUUACCUUCUCUCUUAUAAGUAUGCCUAAUAAAAUUGCCUCUCUUUGGCAUUUUUUUUUGGUU